AUGAAAUCUAAAGCAAAGCCUGGCAGACCCAGAGGUAGACCUCCAAAGAACAAGGUUUCCAAACCUAGCGAUGAUGGGGAAGAUCCAUUGAAUAUCUUAGGACUCCUUCGUAAAGGAAAGGCUCUCCAUACAAAGAAGCCUAGUGAACCACAAGCUUCCGUGAAACCAAAAACAACCCCUAAAAAGGCGACUCCUAAAAAUCCAACUCCUAAAAAGCCAACUCCUGCCAAAGCCCCUGCCGUGCCGAAAAGGUCAUCAAGAAGAGUCUCAAGAGCAAGUAUGGUAUCACAAUCAGUGACUCCCAAGCGUAAAGCCGCUCCUGAAAAAGAUCAACUAAAUGUCACAGUUCGCAAAAGACAAAAGAGAACACCUGGGAGAAUCCAACUAAAGGAGCGAGUGAUAGAUGUGUCUGAUGCAAGUGAUGAAACGAAUAAUUCGGAACCAGAAAAAGUUGAAGCUUCUAUUGGGAACUCAUUGAAAGAGGAAGAAGAUUUUGAUGGUGGGGACAUCAUCAGUCCAGUACGGGCUCCUAAAAUCAAUUACACAUCGAGUGACAACUCCGAUAUUGAAGAUGAGGUCACUAAAAGAUCGCUGAUUAGAAAAAGUUUGCAAAAAAUCACAUUUCUACAAAAACUUUCGCGGAAAAGUUCUCCAUUAAUAAAUACAAAGACUUUGUCUAGCUCAAGACCACCAAGUAUGAGUCCACUAAACUCCCCUACUCCAAAUCCACACACUCCAAACCAGGUACGGGAAGUCAAGACUACUGACUCACCAACAUUCACUGAAACUUUGGAGAAACCCAAUACUACAGAUGACGCCCAAUUUGAAAUUCGAUCAGAAUCGCCGGUUAGUUCGCCAUUGAAGGCCUCGCUUGACAUUAGUAAUAUUGAAGAUGAUGAUGAAGAUCAAACAAACUUGAGCACAGCUAAGGUAGGCCAUCGGACCACAGUAAUUGAAGAUGACGAUGAGGAUAUUGAAGAUAAAGACCAAACAAAUUUGAGCAUUGCUAAAGUGGGACGUCGGACCACAAUAAUUGAAGAUGACGAGGAUGAGGAUAUUGAAGAUAAAGACCAAACAAAUUUGAGCAUUGCUAAGGUGGGACGUCGGACCACAAUAAUUGAAGAUGAUGAGGAUGAGGUUAAUGAUACCGCCGCUAGUCCCGCCUUGAAUGCCAUCAUCAAGUUUGGGGAAACUUUUGAAAGAAUCAGUUAUGAUAUACUGGUGAAUACUGAUGCUGUACCAAUAAAGUCGCCAAAAGUAUUUGGUGGAAAUCUUGAUCACAGUAAUAAGCUGGAGCAAGAUAUUUCUGAGAACCUACCUACCCCCAAGAACGACAAGAACUCAGAAAAAGAAGAUAUUUCUACUGUUGAUGAUGCAGAAAAACCAGAGUACGACUACUACGAUAAAAGCGUAGUGCAGGUUGAAAGAACAGUACCAAACUCUUCUGUAGCAGAUGGGCGAUUGAGUCCUAUAAAUUAUGGGGAUCAAACGCAAGGUUUGGUGAUUGAUUUUGAUGGGAAGGAGCAGCCAAUGAAGGAUGAAGAAGUUAUUCUAUCGACAAGUCAAGGGCCUAAGGAAGAGCUUGGCAAGGAAGAGCAGCAGCAACCGGUUCUUCUGCCACAAAAAAUCAAUGAACAUACAUUACCCAAGGAAAACGGUGAAUUAUCAGAAAAUUCACCAAGAGAAAUAAAUCUGGUUGAAAGAGUUGAAGAAAACAAAGACGAAGAAGAAGAAGAAUUAUUUGAAACGGCUUCUCCGCCAGAUGAAUCAAGCGAGAUUAACAAAGAUGCUCAGCUGGAUGCUAGUGCGGGCUUGGUGAAAAAAAUUGAUCUUGAAGAAAAGAAAAUUUCUGAUAUUCCAAUUGAAGUUAACAUGGAAGAGGAAAAAGUUUACGAAGUGCCAAUUGAAGUCGAAACUCGCGAUGACGAAGAUUAUGUGGAAAUGAAACCGGUUGAAGAGCCAAAUGAUGAUGGUUUAGAAUCAAAGGAGACGGAUGGUGGUAACCGGACUUCAAUCGAAAAUAACGAGAAGAGCGAAAGGGUGGAAAAGGUUCCAGAGUCGGUCCAUACCAAUAAAUCUAUUGUGAUUGUUGAAGAUGAAGAAGAAGAGGAAGAAAAUGAAAAGGAAGAAAAAGAGGAAACUGAGGAAGAGAAAAAAGAAGAGGAAGAAAAUGAAAAGGAAGAAAAAGAGGAAACUGAGGAAGAGAAAAAAGAAGAGGAAGAAAAUGAAAAGGAAGAAAAUGAAAAGGAAGAAAAAGAGGAAACUGAGGAAGAGAAAAAAGAAGAUGAAGAAGGAAAAGGAGAGAAGGAGAAAGAAACUAUUGAAGAGGAGAAUAAUGAAGUUGACAAGAAAGACAAAGAAAAAGACAAUGAAAGAGUUGGCAAGGAAACAAUUGCAAAAGAAAAUAAUAGCGAAGCCGAGGAAAAUGAAAAUGAAGAAGAAAAUAUUAAAGCUGAACACGACGAGGUAGAAAAAAAGGAAGAAAAAGAAAAGGAGCAAAAUGAUGAGAGCAAAAAAGAUCAAAAAGUAGAAAGAAUAGUAAAGGAUCAAAAAGAUCAAAAAGAUGAGGGCGAAAAUGUAGAUGAUGAUGCUUCACUGGUUCCAGAAGAAAAUUCAAACGACAAAGAAUAUGAAAAAGUCAAAAUCGAAAAUAAUGAGGUCCUGAGUCAAUCAGCAAAUGAUGAUGAUUUGAAAGACGAUUCCAAGGUAACUAAUAUUCCAGAUAAGGAAACGACCAAGCUUGAUAUUUUAUCCAUAGAAAAGGCAAAGGAACUACAGAAGGGGUCCUAUUCUGCUACAAUCGUGGUAGAGAACGAUAUUUUUGAAAAGAAGGCUAUUACGGUGGAAGAUCAAGAUAUUGCCAUGAUCGACGAAGGAGGAGCUGUUGAAGCAGUAUCGAAGACUAAUGACCAAGAAAAAGAAAAAUCUAAGGACGAAUAUGUGGUUAUAGAAAAAACCGAGAGCAUUGAGAAAAUUUUCCAGGUUGAUGACUCUGGGGCUGCAAGUGUGGUGAUUGAAAAAGUGGAGAGUAUUAAAGGGGUAUAUCUCAAUAAUUCUAAAACUGAAAUUGAUGGAGAUGUUGAAAUGAAAGACACUUCUCAGGAUAGCAAGAUCAUUGAUCAGAUAAUACAACUGACAGAUCAGGUUGAACAAAUUUCAAAAACUCUUGGUAAAAAUGACAACCUUUCUGUGGAAAAUUUAGAUGACUUGCCAGUGGAAGAGUCAAAUUCUGACAAAGAAAAGCCAAAUGGUCAGCCACGCGAGGCAGAAUCAAUUGAAAAAGUUGAAGAUUCCAAAGAUAAAGGUAAAGAAAAUAUCAUUGAGCAAGAGCAAUCCGCUCCAGAUAAUAAAAAUUUAAAGGACUCCAAGAAAAAAACCACAACACCUCCAUUAACUGAGAAUACUCUUCAGGGAUUUGAGGUACCAAAUACUCCGCCAUCUUCAGCGCGCUUUACGGUUUCAGAAAUCAUUACUCCAAUCACUUCACCAACACCAUCAACCAGAUCUGCUAAUUCAAGGAAACUCGACAGUAUUUCUAGUCAACCUGAAGAGGAUACUCAUUCUCCUGUGCAACAAAAGAAUGACAAGGGGGACAUGAAUGAGAUAUCAUCGGGUGAGGAAAAUAAGGAUGAAAAAUCCGACCCGGCGAUCAACAAUGGUGAUUCUUUAAUAAAGGACAAGAAAAUCUUCUUCAGUAGGAACUCAUCGAAAGCAAUGGGUCAGACAUUUUUGAAUUUUCCAAAAAUGCAACCGAAGAAAAUUACGUGCAAGGAAUGUUUUAUGUCAUACAUGCCGAGUAUCAAGGAAGACACGGUAUUACAUACACAUUAUCACAACAGAUAUAUUAAUGGUUUGAGUUGGUCUGAUUCUUGGGGCAGAAAGGUUAAUAGGAAAAUUUUUCCUCCUAAACUUCGUGCCGUGAUGAAAAAUUCGUUAGCUCAACGUGAUGGGUACAUCAGAGAGGUCAAAUUUGACAAGAAAAAUGAAGUGAAAAUGAUACUCACACUCUUAAAAAUGAUCAAUAACGAACUUAACGCCCCAGAUGAUUGGCUCAGUCGGAUAUUUGGCGAAAAUGCUGAUAAUUAUGAUGAGGCACUGGUUAAAAAGGCAGCCAGCUCCGGUAAAGUGUUUGUCUACAUUUAUAACCGGAAAAUCAUUGGCUUUGUGAGUUUUGAGAAGCUUGAUAUUGAACGUACCGGACCCAAAUUGAUGGACGUGGCUACUCAAGAAGUUAUCAGCUUGAACAAAAAUCUGGCACUUCUGCAAAAAUUGCCAAAAGCUCUCUAUGGAAUUUCCAGAAUUUUUGUGCUAAAGAAUUUCAGACGCAAUAAAAUUGCUCUAAUUUUGUUAUACACCUCUCUCUGUGAAUUAGUAUAUGGUAUGACGUUAAAGAAGUAUGAGUUAAGCUGGUCUCAACCGAGCUUUUCUGGUUUGAAUUUGGCAAAGAAGUUCAACUUAAUCACCGAUGUCAGAUCAGCAAGACACUUCUUGAACGUUUAUAUUGAGGGAGAAUGA